AAGGAAUGUUCGACCUGGAAAACAUCCCACUGGACAAAACGGGCAACCCUAUCGGGAAAACAACUGGCUUCUGUGAGUGGUGUGGUAAGUGACCAUAGGCUAUAUGUGUCAUGGUAAGUGGCUCUACUCUGUGGUGUGGUAGGUGACAAUACGCUAUAUGUGUCAUGGUAAGUGGCUCUACUCUGUGGUGUGGUAAGUGACAAUACGCUAUAUGUGUCAUGGUAAGUGGCUCUACUCUGUGGUGUGGUAAGUGACAAUACGCUAUAUGUUUCAUGGUAAGUGGCUCUACUCUGUGGUGUGGUAGGUGACAAUACGCUAUAUGUGUCAUGGUAAGUGGCUCUACUCUGUGGUGUGGUAGGUGACAAUACGCUAUAUGUGUUAUGGUAAGUGGCUCUACUCUGUGGUGUGGUAGGUGACAAUACGCUAUAUGUGUUAUGGUAAGUGGCUCUACUCUGUGGUGUGGUAGGUGACAAUACGCUAUAUGUGUUAUGGUAAGUGGCUCUACUCUGUGGUGUGGUAGGUGACAAUACGCUAUAUGUGUUAUGGUAAGUGGCUCUACUCUGUGGUGUGGUAGGUGACAAUACGCUAUAUGUGUUAUGGUAAGUGGCUCUACUCUGUGGUGUGGUAGGUGACAAUACGCUAUAUGUGUUAUGGUAAGUGGCUCUACUCUGUGGUGUGGUAGGUGACAAUACGCUAUAUGUGUUAUGGUAAGUGGCUCUACUCUGUGGUGUGGUAGGUGACAAUACGCUAUAUGUGUUAUGGUAAGUGGCUCUACUCUGUGGUGUGGUAAGUGACAAUACGCUAUAUCUGUUAUGGUAAGUGGCUCUACUCUGUGGUGUGGUAGGUGACCAGACGCUAUAUGUGUCAUAUUAAGUGGCUCUACUCUGCGAUGUGGUAAGUGAACAUACGCUUGAUGUGUCAUGGUAAGUGGCUUACUCUUUUGUGUGGUAAGUGGCUCUACUCUGUUUUGUGGUAAGUUGUUCUUGUCUGUUGUGUGGUAAGUGACUCUACUCUGUUGUUAUGUAAGUGGCUCUUUUCUGUUGUGUUGUAAGUGACUCUACUCUGCUGUGUGGUAAGUGGCUCUUGUCUGUUUUGUGGUAAGUGGCUCUACUCUGUUGUGUGGUAAGUGGCUCUUGUCUGUUUUGUGGUAAGUGGCUCUACUCUGUUGUGUGGUAAGUGGCUCUUGUCUGUUUUGUGGUAAGUGGCUCUACUCUGUUGUGUGGUAAGCGGAUCUUUUCUCUCUAACGAGUACUCACGCGUGACCAGGGGCCGCUAGGAGACCCAAGUACUUGGAGAGGCACCAAUACGAAUAGUUGUUUAAUCAGUCCUUGACAUGAUCUCCAAUGGUAUCUUUCCGUAACGUUUCUUGUGGAUAUAAGUGCUAUUAACUGUAUUCUAUAACAGUGUCUCGUCUUCUAUAAUUCUAUGGCGAUAUUGUCAGCAUAAUUGGAUUAAGAUUCAUUGUUUUAAAGAAAUGCAUAUCAUUCAACAACAAGCCUCAGUAAUUAUGAGUGAAAAGAAUUUUUUUAAAGAGUAUCCAUUUAGUCCCACCUACCCCACCCCCCUUUUUUUCCAUGGUGGCUGUUUGAUAUUUACCUUAAAUGGCAGUAGUAGGAGUACGAUUACUAUGCCUCUUAAAUGGAUUACUUUCUUGCCUUUCGUGCCAUGUCGCCUUAAGUACAAAAGUCACCUUAGGUACAAAAGUCACCUUAGGCAUAAAAGUCACCUUAGGUACAAAAGUCACCUUAGGUACAAAAGUCACCUUAGGUACAAAAGUCACCUGAGGUACAAAAGUCACCUUAGGUACAAAAGUCACCUUAGGUACAAAAGUCACCUUAGGUACGAAAGUCACCUUAGGUACAAAAGUCACCUGAGGUACAAAAGUCACCUUAGGUACAAAAGUCACCUGAGGUACAAAAGUCACCUUAGGUACAAAAGUCACCUUAAGUACAAAAGUCACCUGAGGUACAAAAGUCACCUUAAGUACAAAAGUCACCUGAGGUACAAAAGUCACAUUUGCUGAAAAAUUCUGAUAACCAUUGGUAAAUCUGUUAUAGAAUUUACCGUUCGGAAAAUUCUGUUUAUUUAAAUGGAAUCAAUCAGAUCAAUAUUCACAGAGGUGAAAAACGCCCCAUUCCAAUGAAUUUAAUCGAUACUUAUACUUUAUUCACACUCAUGAACAUAGGACUUAUUGUAAUUGUUGUAAGAUUUUAAACCAAAAGGAAAUGUAAUAAAAUGUGUAUUCACAACAGGAAAAGACAUACUGCCGAUACCCACCACGCACCAGCUGAGAACCGUCUGGGACCGUACCAGUCUGUAUUGCUGCACUAAAUACAAGCAAUUUAUCGCCGAUAUUGACGCUUUUGAAAAAAAAGAAAUGGUAACAUGCUUCUUUCAAUAUGCUUCUUUGUAUAAAUAUUUAUGAGUAUAUCAUAAUCAUUUCGUUUAGAAAUUUAUGAGAUCUUCCAUUAGGUAGAAAAGUAAACAUAUCAAUUACACUGUGCAUAAAGCAGGACUGUGGAACGCUUUUCAUUAUGGUCUUUGAAAACAUAAAAUAACAUUUGUUUUUUUCAUUCAAAAUAGGCUGGUCGUGGCCUGGGCUAUGAGAGUUUUGUUUAAAGAAGUUUGCAUUUUGAAAGGGGCGUGGUAACCAGGAUCAGUUUUAAAAGUUGACAUUUUAAUAGAGCCUGGUUACUAAGAGGAGUUUUAAAAAUUAGCAUUUUAGGAGAGGGGGUGGCGGGGCAACAAUGAGGAGAUUUAACAGUGGACAAUUAUGAGGGGGCGUGGCAACUAGGAGGAGAUUUAAUAGUGGACAAUAUGAGGGGGCGUGGCAACUAGGAGGAGAUUUAACAGUGGACAAUAUGAGGGGGCGUGGCAACUAGGAGGAGAUUUUAGAUUUAACAGUUGGCAAUAUGAGGGGGGGGGGGUUGCUAGGCAACUAUGAGUUAGAUUUUAGUUUUAACAGUUGACAAUAUGAGGGGGCGUGGCAACUAGGAGGAGAGUUUAACGUUGGCAUUAUAGUUGACAAUAUGAGGGGGCGUGGCAACUAGGAGGAGAUUUUAACGUUGGCAUUAUGAGGGGGGGGGGGGUUUGGUAAAAGGGGAGUUUAAAAAGGUUACGACAACAUCCAACUAAAGAAAGUUGUAUAGUUUGCUAUUGAGGACAUCCGUGCCUCGCUGAUUGUGGCAUUUAGCACUCUAGCAUUUAACAUUGAAUCUCAGAGACAUGUCGCUGAUGAGGAUGAGGUAAACAAAUGUAUUUCUAAUGUUAACCCUACUUGAUAUAAUUGAUUGGAACAAAGGCAUUAAAAUGUGUUUUUCCUUUAGUUUAAAGUAAAGUGACACUGAACAGGCAAGCAACGUUUUAAAUAAAUUAUAUAUUUCCCAUAUUAGUAGGUAGUGCAAUAGGAUUGGCCAUUUUAAGUACGUCUAGUUAGUGAUAGGUGCCUGUUGACGUCAUCAAAGAUCAUACAUAAUUUGACUGUCAUUGUUAUCACCCUUCAAGAUGAACAACGAGAAGCAGAUAGUCAACGUGAAGCCACACUCCAAGUAUUCAGUCGCGAAGAGGUGAGUAGCGGCUAUCUCAUAUGGUAUGAACUAAUGUGUUAUGGGCAGAGGUCUCUUAUAGUAUGUGCUAAUGUGUUAUGGGCAGAGGUCUCUUAUAGUAUGUGCUAAUGUGUUAUGGGCAGAGGCCCUCUUAAAGUAUGAACUAAUGUGUUAUGGACAGAGGCCCUCUUAUAGUAUGUGCUAAUGUGUUAUGGACAGAGGCCCUCAGUAUGAACUAAUGUGUUAUGGGCAGAGGCCCUCUUAUAGUAUGUGCUAAUGUGUUAUGGACAGAGGCCCUCAGUAUGAACUAAUGUGUUAUGGACAGAGGCCCUCUUAUAUUAUGAACUAAUGUGUUAUGGACAGAGGCCCUCUUAUAUUAUGAACUAAUGUGUUAUGGACAGAGGCCCUCUUAUAUUAUGAACUAAUGUGUUAUGGACAGAGGUCUCUUAAAGUAUGAACUAAUGUGUUAUGGACAGAGGCCCUCUUAUAGUAUGUGCUAAUGUGUUAUGGACAGAGGUCUCUUAAAGUAUGAACUAAUGUGUUAUGGGCAGAGGUCUCUUAAAGUAUGAACUAAUGUGUUAUGGACAGAGGUCUCUUAAAGUAUGAACUAAUGUGUUAUGGGCAGAGGUCUCUUAAAGUAUGAACUAAUGUGUUAUGGGCAGAGGUCUCUUAAAGUAUGAACUAAUGUGUUAUGGGCAGAGGUCUCUUAAAGUAUGAACUAAUGUGUUAUGGACAGAGGCCCUCUUAUAGUAUGUGCUAAUGUGUUAUGGACAGAGGCCCUCUUAUAGUAUGAACUAACGUGUUAUGGACAGAGGCCCUCUUAUAGUAUGAACUAAUGUGUUAUGGACAGAGGCCCUCUUAUAGUAUGAACUAAUGUGUUAUGGGCAGAGGCCCUCUUAUAGUAUGAACUAAUGUGUUAUGGACAGAGGCCCUCUUAUAGUAUGAACUAAUGUGUUAUGGGCAGAGGCCCUCUUAUAGUAUGAACUAAUGUGUUAUGGGCAGAGGCCCUCUUAUAGUAUGAACUAAUGUGUUAUGGGCAGAGGCCCUCUUAUAGUAUGAACUAAUGUGUUAUGGGCAGAGGCCCUCUUAAAGUAUGAACUAAUGUGUUAUGGGCAGAGGCCCUCUUAUAGUAUGAGCUAAUGUGUUAUGGACAGAGGCCCUCAGUAUGAACUAACGUGUUAUGGGCAGAGGCCCUCUUAUAGUAUGAACUAAUGUGUUAUGGGCAGAGGCCCUCUUAUAGUAUGAGCUAAUGUGUUAUGGUCUGAGGCCCUCAGUAUGAACUAAUGUGUUAUGGGCAGAGGCCCUCUUAAAGUAUGAACUAAUGUGUUAUGGGCAGAGGCCCUCUUAUAGUAUGAGCUAAUGUGUUAUGGACAGAGGCCCUCAGUAUGAACUAACGUGUUAUGGGCAGAGGCCCUCUUAUAGUAUGUGCUAAUGUGUUAUGGUCUGAGGCCCUCAGUAUGAACUAACGUGUUAUGGGCAGAGGCCCUCUUAUAGUAUGUGCUAAUGUGUUAUGGUCUGAGGCCCUCAGUAUGAACUAACGUGUUAUGGACAGAGGCCCUCUUAUAGUAUGAACUAAUGUGUUAUGGACAGAGGCCCUUUUAUAGUAUGUGCUAAUGUGUUAUGGACAGAGGCCCUCUUAUAGUAUGUGCUAAUGUGUUAUGGUCUGAUGCCCUCAGUAUGAACUAACGUGUUAUGGACAGAGGCCCUCUUAUAGUAUGAACUAAUGUGUUAUGGACAGAGGCCCUUUUAUAGUAUGUGCUAAUGUGUUAUGGACAGAGGCCCUCUUAUAGUAUGAACUAAUGUGUUAUGGACAGAGGCCCUUUUAUAGUAUGUGUUAAUGUGUUAUGGUCUGAGGCCCUCAGUAUGAACUAAUGUGUUAUGGGCAGAGGCCCUCUUAUAGUAUGAACUAAUGUGUUAUGGACAGAGGCCCUCUUAUAGUAUGUGCUAAUGUGUUAUGGACAGAGGCCCUCUUAUAGUAUGGGCUAAUGUGUUAUGGUCUGAGGCCCUCAGUAUGAACUAACGUGUUAUGGACAGAGGCCAUCUUUUAGUAUGAACUAAUGUGUUAUGGACAGAGGCCCUUUUAUAGUAUGUGUUAAUGUGUUAUGGUCUGAGGCCCUCAGUAUGUACUAAUGUGUUAUGGGCAGAGGCCCUCUUAUAGUAUGAACUAAUGUGUUAUGGACAGAGGCCCUCUUAUAGUAUGUGCUAAUGUGUUAUGGACAGAGGCCCUCUUAUAGUAUGUGCUAAUGUGUUAUGGUCUGAGGCCCUCAGUAUGAACUAACGUGUUAUGGACAGAGGCCCUCUUAUAGUAUGAACUAAUGUGUUAUGGACAGAGGCCCUCUUAUAGUAUGAACUAAUGUGUUAUGGACAGAUCCCUUUUAUAGUAUGUGUUAAUGUGUUAUGGACUGAUGACCUCAGUCUCAACUAGUGUUUUAUGGACAGAGGCCCUCUUAUAGUGUGAACUAAUGUGUGAUGGACAGGGGCUUUCUUAUAGUACGUGCUAACGUGUUAUGGACAGAGGCUUUCUUAUAGUAUGUGCUGAUGUGUUAUGGAAAUGGGCUUUAUAAAGUAUAUACUAAGUUUUAUGGACAGAGGCUCUUUUAUAGUAUAAAGUAAUGUCCUAGGUGCAAAGGCUCUCUUAUUGUAUAAUAAGGUAUAAUGGGUUUGGUGUCUCUUAUUCUCGUGUAUUUUAGACGACUGUCCUUUAAUAGAAUCUACUAAUGUAUUACUAGUGUUUGCUCUGUUAUAAUAUUUUCACAUGUAUGAUUAACAGUAGACAACUUAAGUAAGACGGCGAUACUAAAGCGACCUCCCAAGUUUUUUUUGGGAAACGUUCCCUUGUGGGAUAUGAUACAUUGUUUUUUCAUAUAACAAUCAAAAAGUUACGAUUCGACCCGAGUUGACGUCAUGCAAGCAUGCCAAAAUUAUUGAUAGUAAGGAUGAACAAGCCGAAAAAUGACAGGAAUCAAGAGUUUAAUUUUAAACUAGCCAAUCCCCUAAAAACAAAGUUUUUUUCGUGUAAACCCUUUUCAAAAUGUAAGAUCGAGUCUUGCGGGAGGGGGUUGAAAAUUUGGACAAAACAAUCAUACAAGCAAGCGACUUUAUAAGCUUCCCAAUUAGUGCUAUCUCCCUCCCCCCCCCCCUCCCCCCAACAGCACAUUUUCUCACGCCCGGGAACAAUGUUAAUAUUCUAAAAUGACCCACCAGCUUUUACACCGCAGAUUUAUUUCAUCAACUAUUGCAGAAAAAAAAAAAAGAAAGAAAGAAAAUAUUACGCACCAACCAAACGCAUUUGCAAUAUCUUUUUUUAAAAAGAAUCUCAUUUAGCGCAGUUAUUGGCAAUUUUACUUCGUUUAAUCAUAUUUCCUUCACCUUUCCAAUAAAAACAAACCAAACUAAAAACUGAUUUUUGGGGGGAUGGGGACUAGGGCUGUGAAUUUGAAAGAAUGUGUUUUUACCCGCAGCGAGUACAUGUGCCAAGUUUCAUUUCAAUAGGUUGACAGGAAGUGGGUCAAUUAGUCGUCGGAAGAUUUUGCCAACCAGCCACGAACAAAAGCGAAGUUAAAGCAAAUUGUAAAUGAUUUAAAAAUAAAACUAACUUUAAAAAAAAAAUCUUAUAUCUUCAAUUAUCGUAACGACAAACUGACCACCCACAUAAGAGACCUGGUAGACAUUGGAACUAGAGCACUCUUCAUUAGUUGUCUGUGUGCAUGAUGACAUGGGGGGGGGGGGAGCUCUCAGUGUUUAAGUUAUUCUUGAGCGUGGUGGACCCGUAGCUCCAUCCUUCUUGUCAAGAGCAAAGCACAUGUAAAUGUAGAUCAAUAUAUAACGUAAUGUUAUCGCGAAAGCCCAAGCCAUUUCAAUGAUAAGCCUUAACCAGACGUAAAAUGGCUAAUCUCUCACUGCUUUCAUCUACUCGGCUAACUCAUCCACUCGGCUAACGUAUUUACUCGGCUAAGUCAUCUACUCGGCUAACUUAUCUACUCGGCUAACUCAUCUACUGGGCUAACUCAUCUACUCGGCUAACUCAUCUACUGGGCUAACUCAUCUACUCGGCAAUCUCAUCUACUCGGCACUCGGCUAACUCAUCUACUCGGCUAACUCAUCUCCUCAGAUUUGAAGAACAUAAGAGAAAGUUGUUGACACAAAUCAAUGAAGUCCCUGGUAAGUAGUGUCAGGCAGUUCAUUGCCGAAAUCAAGCCCACUAACGCAGUGUUGAGCUUCAAAUCAUUUGGACUCACACAGUGUUGAGGUACAAAUCAGGCCCACGAACGCAGUGUUGAGGUACAAAGUGAGGUAGCUUGGGUCGGUGUCGUCUGGUACGGUAAACUCAUGGUGUCACCCAACCCCACACAUCCAUACUGGAUUUUUUUUUUUUUUUUUUGGGGGGGGUGGUUAAAAUAAGUACACAGUAUAACAAUGACAAGAACAAAUACAAACUAACUGAAGGUGAGGUGGUACAUGUAACAAAAAAUGUAACAUGUACUUGGAAUCACUCCCCCCAUCCCCACACAUCCAUACUGGUUUUUUUUUUUUUUUUUUUGGGGGGGGUGGUUAAAAUAAGUACACAGUAUAACAAUGACAAGAACAAAUACAAACUAACUGAAGGUGAGGAGGUAAAUGUAACAAAAAAUGUAACAUGUACUUGGAAUCACCCGACCGUAUCAUAUUUAGUAUCAAUGGACAGCGUUAUGCAUCAGAACUUAGAUAAAUAGAGAGCUAGCUGUCACUUACGAAAGUUACCGAACGCUUCAAUCGGCGUUGAGACCCAUCAUCUCUGACACAUCAUCUCUGACACAUCAUCUCUGACACAUCUUCUCUGACACAUCAUCUCUGACACAUCAUCUCUGACACAUCAUCUCUGACACAUCAAACGUGAACUUUAAUAAAGUACGCCUUCGGAUUCGGAACAAUUCACGCAUGAUCGGUUAUUAUUUAUGAAAUGAGGUCAGGUCAAGUAGAGUGUGCUCUGGAAAAAAAAAAUCAAUGUGAUGUCACGCCCCUGAAAUGGUGUCACUCGGUGCGGUAAGCAACCCCCGCACCCCCUAGCUACGCCACAGGGCCUACUAACGCAGCGAGGGGUACCCAUAUGUAGCCUACAUAAGCCGUGUUGAUGUAUGGGCCACCGUGUUCGCCAGGGGGACCAUUGACGAAUUACACUUCGUAGAACUGCAGAAGGUUGGAUGAUAGCCCCUUUCUAAACCAAACUCCCUAAAUAAGUUUAUUUCUGCCGAUCAGAAAUAAGGGCGCUGCGUCCCGUACGGAUCACAAACAAGGGUACCGUCCGAACGGAUCCCAAACGAGGGUACCGUCCGUACGGAUCACGAAUAAGGGGCGCUGCGGCUCGUACGGAUCACAAAUGAGGGCGCUGCGGCCCGUACGGAUCACAGUUUGAGGGCACCGUGGCCCAAAAAUUGAGUUUCUAGCUUGUGGCAAUACGUCAAUACGUCAAUAUUUGCAAACAUGUCCUUACACUGACAUUGGUCCACGCUUUGUGCACGUGGUACGCUCCAAAAUCGUGGUGAAGGGAGCAAUUAUGCGAACUAAUGCCUGCCUAUUUAUAAUGUAAAUAUAGCAUUCCUCUGGUUUCAAUAACUCUCACUCACCUCUCAAUGAGCAACUAUGUAAGGAUAGGAGAGAUGCAUAUCGAAUUUUAUCCCAUGUUAAAGAUAAUGUGAUAUGGAAUAAGUAACAUGAGGCAGUGGAAAAACUAACAACAACUAAAAAAAAAAUUUUUUAAAAGACAAAAGGAAGCAAAGGACGUGUUGGCAAAAUGCCUUCUUCCAGAAAAAUCUGUUUAAUUCUUUUUAUAAUUUUGUUAACUGUUUUUGUCCGUUCAAACUUUUUUUUUUUUUUUAUGUCUUUUCUUCAGUUUUUCCCUAAGCUUUUGCUACUCCUACCGUNGGAAAAACUAACAACAACUAAAAAAAAAAUUUUUUAAAAGACAAAAGGAAGCAAAGGACGUGUUGGUAAAAUGCCUUCUUCCAAAAAAAUCUGUUUAAUUCUUUUUAUAAUUUUGUUAACUGUUUUUGUCCGUUCAAACUUUUUUUUUUUUUUUAUGUCUUUUCUUCAGUUUUUCCCUAAGCUUGUGCUACUCCUACCGUGUGCUUCUUCCACCGUGUGCUACUCCCACCUUUUGCUACUCCUACUGUGUGCGACUCCUACCAGUGCUACUCCUAUUUUUUGCUACUCCUACUUUGUGCAACUCCUACAUAGUGCUAUUCCCAAUCUGUGCUACUCCUACUUGUUUCUAAUACUUUGUGCUUCUACUACUUUAUGCCACGCUAACCUUGUUCCACUCCUUUUUUGUGCUACUCCUACCUUUGUGACACUUCUACUUUGUGUUCCUCAUACCUGGAGCUGGUCAUUUUGUUUUAAAUAACCUGAACGUGCCCCCCCCCCUCCCACCCCAAGUUCCACCCAAUCUUAUUAUUAUUCGCAAUUUGUGACGCAGAAAAUACAACAUCACGAUAUCCUUUGACUUUACUUUCAACUGUGAUCUUAUUUUCAACUGUGUCCUUACUUUCAACUGUGACCUUACAUUUAAAUGUGACCUUACUUUCAACUGUGAAGAUACUUUCAACUUUUCAUCUCCAGUUGAACACUUUGACAAGGGCAUCGACACGAUGGACCUGCCCUGGGACCCUUACGCAUCACUGCACAGACCAAAGAAGGACACCGAUGAUGACCUGUCAUCAGACACGUCCUUGCAGGCGUACAUGUACCCCGACAUCGUGGCCAUGGCUUCCGGCACGUACCUGUUCGAACCGACGCUGCCCGAGGACCUGCGGCCCGACGCGAAUCAGGAGAAUACGCAGGCGAUUGGACCCGUCCUGGAGACGGUGAAGGAGGACACCGAG